AUGGCACUACCAACCCACCCCAAUAUCUUCACUCUAGUCCAUGUUUUUAGCAUUAUAUCCCUAGCUUACAGCCAAAAUGAUACAACCCAAAAAAGAUUUCCUGCCAUUCUCAUCUUUGGUGAUUCUCUAGUAGACACAGGUAAUAACAAUUACAUAACUACCCCACUCCGAGCAAACCAUGCCCCAUAUGGGGAGUCAUUUCCCAAUGAAGUUCCCACAGGAAGGUUUUCUGAUGGCAAGGUCAUUUCAGACUUUUUGGCUUCUGCAUUAGCGUUAAAGGAGUUGGUCCCACCAGUUCUUGAUCCAAAGUUGACAAAUGAAGAUAUUCUUACUGGGGUUUGUUUUGCAUCAGCAGGUUCUGGAUAUCAUGAUCUUACUAAUGCCUUAUAUAAUUCUAUCUCUGUAAUGAAACAGCCUGACAUCCUUAAAAGUUACGUAGACAAACUCAAAGGUGGUGUUGGAGAAAUUAAGGCUCAAAAAAUAAUUGGUGAUUCUAUGGUGGUGGUUGUAGCAGGAAGCAAUGAUUUUCUUGUCAAUUACUAUGGCAUCCCCGCAAGAAGGAAUCUGUUUGGGCUCAAUCUUUAUCAAAAUUCACUGUUGUUACGGGUUCAAGAUUUUGUCAAGGCUCUAUAUGAUAUAGGAUGUCGCAAUAUAAUGGUAGCUGGUCUUCCUCCGCUCGGGUGUGGACAGGGACCAUCUCUUAUAUUUACAACAUGUUUGGACCCUAAGAACUCAGAUUCUCAGACUUAUAAUAUUAAGCUUCAAGAGCUAUUACCCCAAAUUCAGGCAACACUUCCAGGCAGUAAACUUGUUUAUGCAGAUAUAUUUACCCCAUUUGUGGACAUGGUUACUAACCCAGUAAAGUAUGGAUUUUUGGUGACCACCAAAGGAUGCUGUGGGACUGGAACUUUUGAAACGGGUCCACUUUGUAGUCCUUUAACUCCUGUAUGUUCAAACCCUGCCCAGUAUGUGUUUUGGGAUUCAAUUCAUCCAACUCAAACAGCUGCUGGUUACAUAAGUCAGUACCUGCAAACCAAUGCUCUUUCUCAGUUUUAG